GUGCUAGGUGAGUGUUGUGUUUAGGGUAGUUGUUUAGUUGGUGCUAAAAAGGCGAUUGACACGCGUAGUGAUUUGAAGUACAAUCGAAUUGAUUUAAAAAAAGUUCAGGUGCCAAAAAACAUUUAUUUUGAUUCUGGAAUAAACGAAAUGUAGGAUAGAACACACCAUUGCUGUAUUUAAAGAUUUCGAACAACAUUACAACUAAGAAAUGGAAGCAACGGCAACGACUGCCCGAAAAAUUCAUCCGGUCUUGCAGAAAAUGAUUCAGAGUGGAUGCCAGAAUCAACAAAAAAUUGCAGUAGCUUUUCAGGUUUAUAUGGAGCUGUGUGAAGUGGAAAAGCUGUGGAACGUUCGUCAUCAUUACAACGAAUUACACGAUUUUUUCUAUCUGACUGGCAAACAUUCUGCAUCCUCUGAAAGGGACGAAAUAUUUAUCCCAUUGUCAAUCACAUCAGACAUCUCUCCAGCAUGGGUUGAAAAUAUUCAAAACGAAGUGUGCCGUAACACCUCACCAAAAAGCAUAACAUUAGCAAUAAAGGAACAAGAUUCUACAGUUGUCUAUUAUAAUGUGGAAAGAGAACUAGCCAGCCCAGACUCCCCAGAAACAACACAAAAGAGAAAGAAGAAACAAGAGACACGUAAUUUGAUUGAAUCAGAACUGCAUCGACAACGAUUAGACAUUUAUGAGUCAGCACUUAAUAAAUAGAUUAGUACAGUUGUGCUAAAUACUAUGUGGAAAUUGAUAGAAACAUUCCUUGGUUAUACCUAUUACAAUUUUGUUUUACAUGUCGAAAGUAGAAUAAGGACCAUUGCUGUGACUGAAUUUUUUUUGACAAUAUCUGAAAGAAAGUAACCUCCUCUUAAAGUAUAUUUAUUGUACCUCUCAUCAUAGUGUUGAAAUGCAGAUCUUGGAAACCAACUUGUUCUGUGCAAAAAAUUGUUCAUAUGUAUAUAAACAGUGGAUGUACCUUGGACUGAUGAAAUCUUGUUUUGCAUGUAUAUAGUCUGUGAGACAGAAAGUGUAAUUGUUGUGCAGCAGCUUUUUUAGAUUAACAAAUGACAGUGUCUGUAAGUAUGACUGAAAUAUGAGUGAAAUAUAUGCAUGCUUCUUAUCUUUCUUA